AUGGAGGGGGCCGCCGAGUUUGCUCAUUUCGACCUGACCUCCAUCCUUGGUCCCGAGUGCAACGGCUGCGGACACUGGGCCGCCACGUAUAAGCCAAAGGACGUCAACUACCGGACAAUUAUGGACUCUACCUCGUCUCAUUACCCUUCAGCUGGCGAGAUACAAUCUGUCGCCGACCAGACGUUGCAGCCGCUCUUCAUUUUGCUCUCCUAUGGGUUCCAUCAAGCACAAAAGGGAUUUAACUCUAUACCAGGAUCUGCGGUAUUGCUCAGGUAUAUCCGCGAAAGCCAUCGGAAUGACCCAGGAAGGACGCUCCUCGAAGUUUUACUCGCUCUAUUUGCUCUCUGGACGCUAGUUCAAAGUCGUCGGCGCGCCGAACGCGUCGCAAAGAGCUUUGUCAAACUGACCGAAGAGGAAAUCAAUGAACUCGUUGAGGAAUGGCAACCAGAACCCCUUGUCCCAGAGUUGUCCGAGGAGGCUUUGACUGCGUGGUCAAAGACACCCAUCAUUGUUGGUCCAGCCAGCUCUCGGCCUCGCGUUACAAAUUCUAUCAUCGACCCCAGCCUGGCGCUCACACCGGCCAACCCUGUUCUCGACCCGAGUUUGCUCGCGACGGCAAAGACAAAGGAGGUCAUCAACCUCGCCAGCUUCAACUUUACAACGCCCCCCACAACGACUUCGAGCAGCAGCCCAAAGGGUAGCGCUGAGCCUCUUCCCGGUACGGAAACGGCCGUUGCGACCUUGCGAAAGUACGGCUUGGGCUCCUGCGGUCCCCCGGGAUUCUAUGGUACUAUGGACGUUCAUAUCGAGUUGGAGAGGUCGAUUGCUUCCUUCCUUGGGACCGAAUCCGCCAUUAUUUACAGCCAGGGCUUCUCGACGGCGUCCAGCGUCAUCCCUUCCUUCUGCAAACGAGGGGAUGUCAUUGUAGCAGAUAGAGGCGUCAAUUUUAUUAUCCAACGUGGCAUGCAACUCAGUAGAAGUACCAUUUGCUGGUACGACCACAACUCUCUUCGUGCUUCGCCAGGUUCAUCGUCGACAUCUACUCUUGAGGGUGUCCUCCAGCACCUCGAAAAGGAGUUUAAGCGCAAGAAGAAGCCACUGACCAGACGGUUCAUCGUGACAGAAGGCUUGUUUGCGGACACCGGCUCGUUGACUGAUCUGCCAGAGCUCCUGAGCAUCGCCGAAAAGUACAAGUACAGAGUCAUUCUCGAUGAAAGUUUCAGCAUUGGAACCCUUGGUCGCACAGGUCGUGGACUCACAGAACUGUACAACGUUCCAGCGGAAAGAGUGGAUAUGAUUAUUGGCAGUCUCGCUAACACAAUGUCGUCCGCCGGAGGCUUCUGUGCGGGCUCCACGGUCAUGUGCGAGCACCAACGUAUCAAUUCGACCUCGUUUGUCUUCUCGGCAGCUCUUCCCGGAUUGUUGGCAACCGCAGCCAAUGAGAACAUUUCCAAUUUUUUGCGUUAUCCGGAAAUGUUCAGCAUGCUUCAAGAUAAUGUGCGCGCAGCUCGUGGUGUCCUCCAGGGUAUAGACACGAUGGAGAUUCUCUCACACCCCGUGAGCCCGAUCAUCCACCUUGCGAUCAAGGCACCGUCUGCCACCAGUCUCUCCCCCAGUGCGGCAGCACCCUCUCACAAACCCUCGAACCCCAAUCAUCUAGUGAUUCGCGACGCACCAGUAUACGACGUUGCGAAAGAAGAAGGUCUCCUUCAAGAGGUUGUCGAUGCCGCUCUUGUUCAAGGCGUCUUAAUCACGCGUGCAAAGAGGCUGUAUGGCGAAAGCGAGGACAAGGCGCCUCUUGGCCAGGAAUGGCGUGUAGCUCGCCCAACCGUUCGACUUGCUCUGAGCAGCUCACUCACCAAGAAAGAAACGGAAAAGGCCGUUACGGUUGUCAAGAAUGCUUGGGUCAAAGUAAUCAACAAGAGACGAUAG